UCAAGAUUUAACUCAAAAUUUGCCUAAGAUAUUUGAAUAUUGAAUAUUGAAUGACAUUUGACUUUGACACGCAGUAGAGUUGAUGAUGGAGAUGUCCUCGCUUGUAAAAAGAAAAUAAACAAAUAAAAUUUUUGCAUAUAAAUUAAGUAACGUUCAUGUUUAAUACAAUGGUGCGAUAACUACUUGGAAGAGCUUUGUUGAGGACAAGUAUAUUUUGUAGUCUUAGAAGAACCUGGUAAACCAUCUAAAAAUUAAAAUGAUCAACAGAUAAUUAACCAUUUACCAUAAUGACUGGUCACGCAGUGGUUGUGUGGGAAUACGAAAUUAGGUCAGGCUACUGGAAGCCCUAUAGUCCUGCAGUUAGUCAACACUUAGAAAGAGCUAAAGGAAAACAACUGACUCGAGUAAUACUUUCUGAUGCUGAUCCCACAUUACAGAAUUACUAUAUUAAUUUAAGAACUCUGACCCAAGAACUGGAAGAUACAGAUGAUGUGGUUCCUGUUAGAAGAAAAUGCUACUCCCCUUCUUCCCCUGCUGGCAAGGGUGCUAGAUGGGAAUGUUCCGGAACAGAACACAGUCAAGAAUGGCAUCCUUUUGAUAUGGAUAUACAGUGUUUGAUUGAGGAAGCUUGGGCAACAGGUGAUGAAAUGUUGGAUAUGAGCAAAACACACCUAGGCUUCCCAUACCUCAUAAAUUUUAGCAAUUUAACUCAAAGAUGGUUAAAUAAUGGAUAUCUAAGAAAUGUGAGAAGAAUAAAACAGGCUCCUUACCCUUUGGUUAAAGUAAAACUUGAGGAACUGGCUCCUGUUACAGGGCGUAGAAGUUCAAAUAUAAGAAACUCAUCUAGGACACCAAAUAGUUCUCAGCAAGGUAAUGGUACCAAAGUGAUAGGCAGUAGUGCAAUUUUGAAUCAAACUGAUGGCAAUAAAAAAUCUUCCAAUAAGAAGAAAAGUGGUAAAACAAAAACUGGGAAUGAAACCACACCAGCAAAUUUGGCAAGGCAGAUUCUCAACAAUUUAAAUAUAUUUAGUCACAAAUCAAAUGCAACACCAUUAUUCCAAAGUACAGAAAAUAAAACAUUAUUAGAUGCAGAUAGCAGCAGUACCAAAUCAGGUAGAAGGCCAAGCUUAGACACUGUUUCAACCUAUCUGAGUCAAGAGAGUAGAGAGAGUCAAGCUACAGCUUCCACUGCAGAUUUAAUUAAUUGUAGUGGUAGUGACGAUGGGAUUGCAGACGAUUUGCCAGCUAUUGUAGGUUUAGAUCCAGCUAGUGCAACCAUAUCACAAUUUGUGAGAAUCUCAAAAUCUAGCGAAUGGGCUCCAAGGCAACCAUGUCCUGUCUGUCGACAACCUCUCAAACCGUCUAUAGUAGUGAUUGCUCUUCCUUGCAAUCAUGUUCUACAUUUGGACUGCUUGAACUACGCUCUGACGGAACAACAGGAGCUUGGUACACACUUACAUAUACAGUGUGCUGUUUGCGGAUGUAUAUAUGGAGAAAAGCAUGGAAAUCAACCACCUGGUACCAUGGAAUGGAGAAGGGUUGAUAGGAGUUUACCUGGACAUCAAAAUUGCAGGACAAUACAAAUUAUUUAUAACAUACAGUCUGGUAUCCAAGGACCUGAUCAUCCCAACCCAGGCCGUGAGUACUAUGCCGUGGGCUUCCCCAGAGUGGCAUAUCUUCCCGAUAACCCCAAAGGUAAAAAAGUUCUCAGGCUAUUGUACACUGCCUGGCAACGAAAACUCAUUUUCACGGUAAGUAGAUCCCACACCACGGGCUGCGAAGAUGUAGUAUCAUGGAACAUUCCGCACAAGACUGAAAUGGGUCCUAGCACGAAUAGCCACAGUUAUCCCGAUCCAAAUUAUUUAAAUAACGUGAUUAGGGAGCUCGAAGCAUUAGGCAUUGUAGAGGAAGAGAGUAAGAGGUAAGGUCGGGUCGUGUUGUUGCAGGCCUUCUAUAAUGAAAUUUGUAUAAAAUAAUAUCAAAAGUAACUUACAGUUGAGGCAAUGAAGCAGUAAAAAGACCAAAACCUAGCAAAUGUUUGCAGUUGAAUUCAUCUCAAUGAAACUUAUUGUUUUCGAUUCGUACGACCCUUAGGAAAUUUUAUGAACUAAAAUGAUGAUGGCGAAAUGAAAAUUACAAUAUUGAACAAGGAAAAUGCAUUUUCCAAAAUGCUUUUCGAAGUGUUGAAAAAUGAUAAAUUUGUAAAUCAUAAAUAAUUGACGGAAAUGUGUUGAAUAUUACUACUCGGGGAGUUUUGGGCUCACUGAAUAAAAAUAUGACGAGGAUUGUCUCCGAGACACCUGGUGUCCAGGAUGUGCCUCGUCUCGAAAAUUCGAUACAAAAUCAAUGAAAACUCAUUACUCGUAGUGGUGAGUGGGGUUUGAGGACGCUGAUCACGAGUAUCCCUAAUAACACCAAACAUUCCAUGUAUGUUCCUAGAAUGUACACACAGGACAUUGAAAACAUUCCUGGAAUGUCCUCAAAACACAAGAACGUCCCCUAAAUGUCCCAGGAAAGUCCUGUGUCAGCAUUUUAAACAUUCCUUGAAUGUCUUGUUGGAACAUUCCAUGAAUGUCUACGAAUGUUCUUUGGACAUUCACAGUAUAUUUUUUAGACAUAUUCCCUGGAUAUAGUCGCUGAUGUGACAUAAUACCUCCAAUUUGUUUUUUCAUGAGUUUUGUAAGAGAGACUAAAAAAUUUUUUUACAGUCACCUCCUGUUUUCAUAUGAUAUUUUUUGACAUGUUUUGUAGUAAAUUCAACUAUCUAUUUACUACAAAACAUGUCAAAAUUUACAUGUGAAAACAGGAGAUGACCCUAAAAAUGGUUUUUCGUCUCCCACAAAAUUCAUGAAAAAGCAGAUAGGAGGUAUUGUCACAUAUCACCGACGAUAUACCAGAAGUAUAAUAUGUGGCCAUACCAAUUAAUACAUCCUUGAUAAAUAUAAACAUUUUUAUUGCACAAAAUCUUGUCAUAUAUUUUUUCCAUAAUCAUCACUACGAUAAUGAUUCAUUGUAUUGAAUUGUACAUUACAAUUACAAUCUGGUCAUAACUGACCAAUGAGCAAUUUUAAUUUAGCCUAAAUUACUACUGUUCCUUAAAAUGAAGAGCUUACCCCAUAGCGUCUCUUAUCUAAUCUAACAAGAUCGUGCACUAUUUUAACAUACACAGGCACACAAGCACUAUGCUCUGCUUUUCACUAUCACCUAUCACUCAAACUAGUUCAAAAGGCUUUGUCCUCUUCAAUCUUCUAGUUAGCCCAGUAGUAUCGAGGAGCUGGAUUUCCUCAAUAUUUUCGUACUUAUGAAGUUCUUGCUCAUGACUUCCUGCCAUCUUCUUGAUGAUUAUAUCCAGGUUCCAUUUCUAGGUCCUUAUUGAAAUCACUGUUUGUCACAUACCAAUGAGCAUCUAAAAUAUUUCUCAGUAUUUUGUUCUGGAAUCUUGUAUAAUUUUUAUAUUACUUGGUCUAGUAAGUACACCCCCAUAGUGGGCAUCCAUAAGUCCAUACAGGUCUUAAUAUUUCCACGAGGAAAAAUUUCCUGUAGUUGGCUGUAUACCAUUACAAAAACAUAAAAUCCUUUAUAAAAGGUAUAUUUGUUAAAAUCCCUACACAGGGCUACAUCAAAGACAGAACUAGUUUUCGAUCGGUUGACCAAUCAUCAUCAGUGCAAUCUUAGAAUCUACAUGCUAACCACCAAAGUAAAAAUAUAUGGGUAAAAACCCUUUACAAUUGAUCCGUCAUCGGAACAUAUGACAAAGAUGUGAAUUAUAACAUGGAUGAAUAAAAUAUCCAAUGUUUUUCACCCGAGGUACCAAUGAGCUCUAUCUGACAAGUUCACAUCAUGGCUGUACGGAAGCAAGUGACUUGCAAGUCACAGGUUAUAAUAUGUAUAAAUAAUUCGUUUCAUAAAGAUUAAAGAUUAUUGAAAAGGGAUUUUAGAUUACUUACAUAAUUGUUUAAACAAAAGAGAUCCAGCCAGAGCAAAAUGGCAAAACUAACAUACAGAACAGCAAAAAUAGCCACUAAUUCUAAUUCUAAUUUCCAUUUUACAUCCAAUCAUAAAUUUUUAGGUUAUCAUGAUCAUGAAAUGUGAAAAUGUGAUGACCACGUGGCACGCGAUCCUACGUACAUAGAACACGCGCGGCAAAUUUGAAAAUGAACGCAAAUUGAAUAGUAAAUGGCCUGACUUAAAAUAUAGGACAUUGGUAGUAUGUUCAUAGAAUGUCUUGUGGUAACAUUCCACCAAUAAUUUAAUCAGAUGUUCACCGAAUGGUCCUUGAAUGUCCAGGACAUUCAAACAUUAAUAGAACUUUGAUAGUACAUUCCUGGAAUGUUUUGUGUUGUUAGGGAUCAUGGCGACGAUGGUCUCUAACGGACCUGAUAACCAGGACGAGUCUCGUCUCCUUAAGUUUUGUGAAAAUUAGAUACAAAAUCAGUGUGCAAAGACGUUAAUCGGGGGAUUUUGUGGUCGCUGAUCACGAAUAUCAUGAUUGCAAUGGUCUUCGAUGCACCUGGUGACCAGGACGGGCAUGGUCUCAUGGGGUUUUGUAGAAAUUUGAUACAGAAUCAGUACAAACUCGUUACUCGGAAGUUUUUGGAAUCGCUGAAUACGAAUAUCAUGUCGACAAUGGUCUCCGUGAUAACUGGGGCCUGGGGGAGGAAUCAUUUCCUGGAGUUUUAUCUAAAUUUAAUACAAAAUCAGUUCGUUAUGGGUACCAGGGGCCCCUGAGAGCAUUGUCAACAUUAUAUUCGUGUUCAUCGAUACCAAAAAACUCCAAGCAACGAGUUUGCACUUUUUGGUAUCGGAGUUUGCAUUGAUUUCGCCCACAUCAAAACCACCGAGUAACAAGUUUGCAUUGAUUUUUUAUCCAAUUUUCAUAAAACUCCAGCAGAUGAGGUCCAUCAUGGGUACCAGGUGCCUCGGAGACGAUCGCUGUUAUGAUAUUUAUGUUCAGCGAGCCCAAAUACCUCCGAGUAGUAAUAUUCAACUCAUUUCCGUCUACUAUUUCCGAAUUACAAAUUUAUUAUAUUUCAUCACUUCUAAAAAAUGUAUUUUGGAAAAUGUAUUUUUCUUGUUCAAUAAUUCAAUUUUCAUUUCGUCAUCAUCACUUUAGUUCACAAAAUUUCCUAAAACUCUUGCGAAUCAUAUGCAACAAGUUUAAUUGAGGUGCAUGUUUAUUGCUUCAUUGCCUCACCCAUUAUGUAGCUGUUCUCAAUUCAAUGCUCAUUCGUCAGAUAUCAACGUCUGUUACUAUAAACUGAAAUGUUUUCAGUCAUUACUAAUGGUAGGUGAGCCCAAGCGAGGAUUUUUGCAGUCACUCAAGCGCGUCAGAUUAUUACAUGGGGAGAAACCUUGUACCCUGAAAAUGUACCUCAUAUAUUGGCUCUUAAUGCAGGGGAGUUCGUUAAGGGGGUCCGAAAAAAAAUCUAUCCUUAAAAAAACUCGAAAUCAUCAGAGUAAGAUAAAGUAAGCUAAGUACAUGCACAACAGUGUAUAUUUAAAAAAUGUGACGAUUGGAACGGGGCGUAAGGAAAUGGGCGAGUCACAAAAUUUCACAAAAAAAGCGAAUAUUUCGCGAAAUGAACGUCAGAGAAAAAACUAAAAAAUACGGAAAAGAGUUGAGGUAAAUUUAAAAUUUUAAAUAGGAACGUCGCAAUAUUUUGCGAAAUGAACAUCAGAUUGAAAAACUGAAAAAUACACGUAUUCAAUAUUUUUGAAAAAUCUGUCGAAUGACACCAAACACGACCCCCACGGUGAUGGGGUGGGGGGUUACGUUAAAAUCUUAAAUAGUAGCCUCCAUUUUUUAUUGCAGAUUUAGAUUCCUUACGUAAAAAUAAGUAACUUUUAUUUGAGGCAUUUUUUCGAAUUAUGGAUAGAUGGCGCUAUAAUCGGAAAAACCGAUGUUGGAAAUGGAAAAUUAAAUUAAAAAAUAAUAAGUCCCCACCAAAAUGGAAAACUUAACUUUUUUGGUUUUAGGACCUAAUCUUCACAACCCUGUAGGUCCCCAUACCAUACGCUCGAGUAACUGCAAAUUUAGCAUAUUUGGCUCCCCUACUAUAAGAUAUCUUUGAAUUAGAACAGCAGAGUUCGAUUAGGAUAUUGUAAUGUGUGCAUAUAUCUUAGAUAUUAAAACAAUAUUCGUGUCUUCCAAAUAUAGCACUUUUUUGUGGAAAGCACAUAUUUUUAUAUCAAAUAUACAUUGUAAAUAUAAUUGUAGUACAGAACAGAAAAUUUAUGAAAUUUAGAGUUGUUACAAUUAUUCACUCAUUUUGUUGUUGUGUUGAUAUUGUAUUGACAUAAGUAAUAAUUUAUUUUUUUAAACCGAUAAAACUCUCAUCAUUCUGUCGAUAUGUAUAGCCGAAACACUUAGCUACAGUUCAGUUCCCGAAUCUUUACCCAUGCGUCAUCAUUUAAAACAUACGAAAUAAGUCGGAAAUUUACUAAACGCAACAGUAAGUGACAAAAAGUGGGUAUUAUUCCGAUCACGGGUUAUAGUAUAAAAUUUGACGUUAUCAAAUAAAUAGAAUGUCAAAUUUAAGCUUUGCUUUAAAAUUUUGGUGCAUAAUUACAGCUACAUUUGAAAUAGCUUAAUAAAUUCUUUUAUUAUCAUUGAUAAAUAAAUAAAUAAACAAUUUCUAAAAAAUUUGAUAACAUUUUCUUUUUGUUAUUUUAUUCGCUUUGGCGGAACAUUAAACACAAGCAUUCCUUAACUGUGUCAACAAUGAGGUCAUUUGCACGUUGUCAAAAUUUAUCAUAAAAUAACAUAAACUUAUCAUAAAAUUUCUAACUCCAAUAUAAAAUUAGUUGUGAAAACAACUGUUUGUAUACUAUAAAAAACUUCAAAAUGCAAAAAUUCGACAAAAUAAGAGCAAAAAAUUCAACAAACUGACAGCCACAAAAGUAAACAAACCAAAACGUCAGAAAUUGUACUUAAAAUAUGUGAAAACAUCCCCAAUUGUCUUUCUUUGUACCUAUCUCUUUUCAAUAGGGCUUUUCAUUCACAGUCAUUUGUUUCUAGCUUGUGUCAUAAUGUCAUAUAAUCCGUGUAUAUUAAUAUUAUACACAGAUUAUACAACAUAUGACAGAAGCUCGAAACAAAUGACAAUCGAUGAAAAGCCCUAUGCCCUGAGUCUAUAGUUUAUUUUAUAACCAGGAGGAGUAAACUAAAAAGACAGAUUCACACCCAAGAAAGUCACUAGAAUAAUCACCAACUACAUCUUCUUUUUGGUUGAUCAUGUCGGCCCUCGACGGUAAUCCAUAAAUAUCACAUUAUAUUAAUACGUCGCUAAGAAGUUCUAAAAACGACUGCUUUUUAUAUAAAAGCAGACUAAAAAUCUAAAAAUUAAAGGAAUAACGCAGAAAAUACAAAAAAUCGCCGAUAUAACCUAUGAAAUGCCAAUUGCGUCAAAAUUUGAUAAAGGUCAUUAGUGUCAAAAUUUUAUAACAGUGGAGUAAACUUGCCUGCGGUUGGACCAAUUACAAACAAGCAUUACAGCGUGGUAAAUUUGAAUGGCUCCUCUUGCUUUAAAAACAAACCAUAGAUCGUUCAUAAAAACAACAUGUGUUUUUACUUAAUAACAGGCGGCAGCUGGUUUGUCAUUAGUUUCAUGCGUGGAAGAGAAUGAUGCUAGAUAAAAAGUAUGUGUUUUAUCUCGCCAGAUAUUAAUGACGCACGGGUAAAGACUCGCGGACUCAACUGUACAUCGUUUUUUCGUGUUAGAGAAGUAAAAUUUUAUUUUUCAAUUUUUUUUAACUAUGAGCUUCCAGUAAUGAUUGUAAUCAACACUAAAACUAACUGUGAUGAAUAUACUUUGUAAUGUUUUUUAAGAACCAGUACUAUUGUAUUUUUAAGUCUGAUAAAUAUAUUUUUUAGGUAGGUAAUUAAUUUGGAAUACUACAGGGUGUUUGGUAAAGAAUGGGUCAUAGUCACACCCUACUAAAUUAUGUUAAAUAAUCGUUUCUGGUUAAUAUCAGAGGCGUACGACAGGGGAAAGUGGAGGAUUGACCCUUCCCAAAUUCUACGCCACUGACGUAAUUGCUAUUUUAGCAUAAUUUUUAGAUUUUCCAAUACUUUCUUUUCAAUUAAUGUACGCUUCAUUCGUAACGAUAAAGUCAUUAGUUUUCGACAUUUUUUAAGUUAAAAAUGAAAAGGCACAGUUAUUUUGAUUAAUGUAUUAUGCUCCUUCGUUUUUAGCUUCAAAUAUCUCGAAAACUAAUCGGUUUGUCGUUACGAAUUAAGAGUACAUUAUUUACAUAGAAAGUAUUGGAGAAUCCAAAAAUUGCACUAAAAUAGAAAUUCCGCCAGUGGCGUAGAAUUUGGGAAGGGUCAACCAUUCACGUUCCCCAGUCCUACGCCUCUGGUAGUAGCCAGAAACGUUUGUUUAACAUAAUUUAGUAGGGUGUACAGUACCAGCACCACUUACCAAAUUUCGUGUUAUUAUCCUAUGCUUAUCAGGAAAUAUUCAAAAAUAAAUAAAAUAAAAGUUUAACUGACACCCUUAUUUCGGUUACUCUCAACUUUCGUACUAAGGUAAGUUAGCUUAAAUCGACCUAUUUUAAGCUCAGAAAUCUAAGGUUUAGCUAUGGCCCAUUCUUUACCACUCACCCUGUAUAUAAAAAUAUAGUUAAGACUAAGAAAAAACAAUUCAAUAAAAUAUUUGUAUCGGUAAUUUCCUCGAAAAUUCGUUGCACGUCAUCGAUUUUAGCGUUGUUAUUUUUGCACAGCGUUGCCAUAUUGUCGGGUUAGUAGAGAAUUCAGUGUCAUCUCUCAAUGAGAGAAUUCAGAAUCAUGAUCAGUGUUUGGCCCGUUGAUUCAUUAACAGCAGAUCUAUAGGCUAUUGCGAAGAACGGAAGGUACUGGUCCCAGCCUCGCUGGUGAUUGGACACCAUCUUUGUCAAAUACUUACUUAUUCAUUCUUAUUCAGUCUUAUUCAUUCGCUCUACCAUUCCAUCCGAUUGCGGGUGAUAGGCCCGCGUAUGAAAAAAAAGUUGAUUAAUAGCAAGCUGAAAAUUUGUUAAUAGCUUAAGGGUGUCUAGUCUAGUGAACAGGUUAAAAAUUUGGAACGGUCAGACCACGAAAACGGCACAUGUAUUUUGUCCGACAGAACAGACUUAAACUCUUCGAACAGAGAUUAAACUCUCAUGCAAAAAUCAGACUGCUAUUUAUCACCAAAUGGGCGUUUUAAUGAGUGGAACAUGUAGAAUAUGUCAAAUGACAGGAAUUAUGACAGGUGAUAAAUAGCAGUCUGAUUUUUGCAUGAGAGUAUAAUCUCUGUUCGGAGAGUUUAAGUCUGUUCUGUCGGACAAAAUAAAUGUGCAGUUUUCGUGGUGUGACCGUUCCAAAUUUUUAACCUGUUCCACAAUUAAAACUGCCCCUGUUCCAGUGUUCUCAUAUACCAAAGUUUAUUCGACUAGACACCCUUAAGCUAUUAACAAAUUUUCAGCUUGCUAGUAAUCAACUUUUUUUCAUACCAGAUCCAGACCUACUAGUAUAUCCCAGAUUCCCUGAAGUAAAUAGUUCGAAAGAUCUCAAAGUUCCUUCCUUGGUCACUAUGGAUCUCCAGAGGCACUCCUAAUCGUCUGAUGUAGUCUUUGAUUACCACAUCGUCAAUAGUGGCGGCAUUCUGGCCUGGGAUUGCGUAGAUAUCAACUCAUUUCGUGAAGUAAUCCAUUACGACCAAAAUGUACUUGCAUCCAUUAGCACUUUCUGGAAAUGAUCCCGCUAUAUUCAUGGCUGUUUUUUUUAAACAGACUUUAAAUAUUGUACUGUCUCAUAGAAGCCUUUCUUUUUCGGUAAGGUCCGUUACUCGUAGCACAGGUAGUACAUUUCUUACACCAGUCCUUUACAUCGUAGGAACUAUUUAUCCAAUAAAACCGUUCCCAAAUUUUCUUGUAAGUGUUCUCUUUACACCAAAAUACCCUCCUGAUGGACUGCCGUGUAACUGACGAAGUACUUCGACCAUUCUGCUCUUUGGACUCACCGACUGUGUUCUCCUGGCUGAACCAUCAUCAUUUUCCAGUACUCCUUUAAGCAAGCUGUGUUCCAAGAUAAAGGAGUCCCUCUGGAUCAUAAAGGAGUCCCUCUGGACCAUUUUAAAAUAAAAUAAAAAUGUAUACCAUUUUUAUUCAGUUGCAGUGCGAAGGCAAAACAAUCUUACUUUUCAAUUAGAAUACGGAGCGCAGUCCAGUCCUCUGAAUCGCGAUUUUCGUCUCUUAUUGCAGCCUCAUCGGAAAGAACGUAGGCACUGUUCUCCAUACCCUAACUGACCAGCGCCGAGAGUUUUUCCCACCCAUUGCAACCGAAGUGAAGGUAUUAGGUAUUAGGUCAUCUGGCAAUUGAAAGAUGAAGUAGUUUUCAAUCCUAAUAGCAAAAUUAAUAAUAUUGAAAAUAUUAAAAAUAUUACUAAAAGAUUUUUUAAUUGAAAACUUAUUGGUACAUUUUCCUGGUGACACCUCCAAGGCUUCUAAUUUGCAAGCCAAAUGGAUGCUGCAGUGAAGACAAAGGGAAGGAAUUCUACACUAUGCAAUUCACAUCCCCCGUCUGCAGCUUGGUAAAGUUCCAACGGAAAAUGCACCUGGUUACUCUACGGAGUAAUACGACUAUAAAAUAAAAAAUAAAAAUGUAUACCAUUUUUAUUCAGUUGCAAUGCGAAGGCAAAACAAUCUUACUUUUCAAUUAGAAUACGGAGCGCAGUCCAGUCCUUUGAAUCGCGAUUUUCGGCUCUUAUUGGAGCCUUAUCGGAAAGAACGUAGGAACUGUUCUCCAUACCCUAACUGACCAGCGCUGAGAGUUUUUCCCACCCAUUGCAACCGAAGUGAAGGUAUUAGGUGACUAGCGUCAUCUGGCAAUUGAAAGAUGAAGUAGUUUUCAAUCCUAAUAGCAAAAUUAAUAAUAUCUUUCAAUUGCCAGAUGACGCUAGUCACCUAAUACCUUCACUUCGGUUGCAAUGGGUGGGAAAAACUCUCGGCGCUGGUCAGUUAGGGUAUGGAGAACAGUGCCUACGUUCUUUCCGAUGAGGCUCCAAUAAGAGCCGUCAAUCGCGAUUCAAAGGACUGGACUGCGCUCCGUAUUCUAAUUGAAAAGUAAGAUUGUUUUGCCUUCGCAUUGCAACUGAAUAAAAAUGGUAUACAUUUUUAUUUUUUAUUUUAUAGUCGUAUUACUCCGUAGAGUAACCAGGUGCAUUUUCCGUUGGAACUUUACCAAGCUGCAGACGUGGGAUGUGAAUUGCAUAGUGUAAAAUUCCUUCCCUUUGUCUUCACUGCAGCAUCCAUUUGGCUUGCAAAUUGUAGAAGCCUUGGAGGUGUCACCAGGGAAAUGUACCAAGAAGUUUUCAAUUAAGAAAUAUUUUAGUAAUAUUUUCAAUAUUAUUAAUUUUGCUAUUAGGAUUGAAAACUACUUCAUCUAUCUAACAUUUUAAAAUAACUUAAAAAGCAGUUUUAUUCAUGAAAUAAUCUUAGCGAAUUACACUCGAACUCUUAAAAAUUACCGAUUUGUUUUGCCCUCGUGACACUUUGACAUUGUCCUCGUGACAAAGUUGCAUUUGACAGUUUUGCCCUCGUGACAAAACUGCCAGAGUGUCACUCGGGAUACAAAUCGAUAAUUUUAGUGCUCUCGUGUAAUUACUAAGAAUUGAAGCGUUUAUUUGAAAAACAACACUUGUCCAAAAAUUAAAAUUUUGGCAAAUCAAGAAAUACUUCCCAGACAUUUGUUGUUUUUCUAGAACUAUCCAAAUGUUGUAUGUAGUUUACUCCAGAAAUUUGAGAUUUUUACCCAACUGAAUGUCAGAUGGAUAAAGAAACUACUAUUCUACGAGAAGAAUACAUAAAGUCGAAUUUGCGAAAAAUGGACAUAUGUUGAUUUUCAAAUAAACGUUUCAAUUUUUAAAAUUUGGUGUACUAUAACGGCAUAGAAAUGCCAUUAAUGACUUGCAGCGGACUUGAGAGGAAAUAAUGUAUGUAUGUAUGUUUUUUUAUGGUUAACUUAUAUCAAAUAUUUAUUUUUAAUAUGCAAUUAUUUGACACAAAUUCUACUUUAAAAUUAGUUUAGAGUUGCAAUAAAGAAAAAGCUGUUAUGGAAAUGGACGAAGAAAUUUAUUUAUAAAAUCAAACUCUGAUAUACAGGGUGUCCCGAAAAGAAUUGUCAUAAAUUAUACCACACAUUCUGGGGUCAAAAAUAGUUCGAUUGAACCUAACUUACCUUAGUACAAAUGUGCUCACAAAAAAAGUUACAGCCCUUUGAAGUUACAAAAUGAAAAUCGAUUUUUUUCAAUAUAUCGAAAACUAUUAGAGAUUUUUUAUUGAAAAUGGACAUGUUUAAUUCUUAUCUCAGGAACAUCUUAAAACAAAAUUAUAGUGAAAUUUGUCCACCCCAUAAAAAAUUUAUGGGGAUUUUGUUCCCUUAAACCCCCCCAAACUUUUGUGUACGUUCCAAUUAAUUCAUUAUUGUGGUACCAUUAGUUAAACACAACGUUUUUAAAACUUUUUUGCCUCUUAAUAUUUUUUCGAUAAGCCAGUUUUUAUUGAGAUGCGGCUUCUUUUUCGAUAUAUUUACGUAAAAAUUUUAUGGGGGUUUUGUUCCUUUAAACCCCCCUAAUGUUUGUGUACGUUCCAAUUAAACUAUUAUUGUGGUACCAUUAGUUAAACACAGUGUUUUUAAAACUUUUGUCUCUUAGUCUUUUGUUCAUAAGUCACCUUUUAUCGAGAUGUAGCUUCUUUUUCAAAAUAUACCUAAAAAUGUAAAUUAUAAAUAAAUUUUCAGAUUAUUAACAGGUAUUAAAUAACCGUACUUAACCAUAUACAAAUAUGUGGUGGAUUCGACAAAUAUUCAAAAUAUCUCGAUAAACACUGGCUUAUCGAAAAAGUACUAAGAGGCAAAAAAGUUUUAAAAAUAAUGUGUUUAACUAAUAGUGCUACAAUAAUAAUUUAAUUGGAACGUACACAAAAGUUUGGGGGGGUUUAAGGGAACAAAACCCCCAUAAAAUUUGUAUGGGGUGCACAAAUUUUACUUAAUUUUUUUUUAAGAUAUUGCUGUAGUAAAAAUGCCACAUGUCAAUUUUCAAUAAAAAAUCUCUGAGAGUUUUCGAUAUAUGAAAAAAAAUCGAUUUUCAUUUUGUAACUUCAAAGGGCUGUAACUUUUUUUGUGUGCACUAUUGUAUAUAGGUAAGUGAGGUUCAAUCAACCUAUUUUUGACCCCAGAAUCUGUGGUAUAAUUUAUGACCAAUCUUUUCGGGACACCCUGUAUAUACGGGUUAUAUUUAUAGAUGAUCUAUAUAUAGUCGAGGAAAUGAAACUGAAAAAAUGGGAAAACCUCGCAAUUUUUUCGUCCAGCAUUGAUUUGUACAAAAAUUUGGGAUUAGGCUCAUUUCACCCUCUAGUUCAUUUUCUAUAUCGAGCCGUUGUACGCUUUUGGUUUUUUAAGGUUGAAAACUACCCCUAAUUGUAAAAAAUUAUUAAAUAUCAUUUUUAACUUUAAUAUUGUCAACAUUUGUUUCUUAUUAGUUACAUAAUGAUUAUUUUAUGCUUUAACAUAUACUAUCAUAAUAUUUCAACCCUUAAAACCACCCUUGUUGGAGCUAUAUAUAAAAAAUUUACUUAUCCUUAAAGAAUAAUUUCGGCUUGCAUCAAUUUACAUCAAAAUUUGGAAUUAGGAUCAACUCACCCUGUACUUCAUAUUCUAUAUCAUGCUCAAGGGCGUUGAUUAUUUUUAGGGGUGUAAACUACCCCUGAUUGUCAAAAAUUAUAUAAAAAUAUUGUAAACUUUAAUAUGAGUAAAAUUUGGUUUUGAUUGGUUAAAUAAUGAUUGUUUUAUGCUUUAGGAUAUAAUAUCAUAAUAUUUCAACCCUUAAAAACCGCCCUUAAUAACAUUGCAAUUUUUAUAAGUAGAUAAUUUAAUAGAUCUAUACAGAAAAAAGUAGAAUUAAAGAAUUACAAAAACAUUUUUUAUUUACACAAAAAUACGAAUUUACAAAUAUGUACAAAUACAAAUAGUUUUUUAGUCAUCUUUCAGUAUACGAACCGGUUCUGUGGUAUUAUAUACAUUGAAAAUGCUCUAUAAGGGGACUGUUCGAAUUUUUCGAAAAAGUUUUUUUUAAAUGGUUUUGUAGGAUUUUUGAAGAGCUAUAAGACUAUGUAAAUUACAGUGGGUGAUCAUAUUAUUAGAGCCACCUCAGAAAAUUUUACUUUUGUUUAAUAAUGGUAUGUCAGUUUUUUUAAUAAUGGAUGCUAUGUUUCUGUUGGAGUGAUUAGUAUUGAAUAUUAAAGUUUUUAUUUCUGCUAUUUUCCUUGGUGAGAUGUCUGGUAUGAUGCCCAUGAUGUUCUGGUACCACUACUGUAACGAACGCGCAAAAUUCACAAAAAAUAGUAUAUGCCUGUCAGAAUAUCACUAGAGAGCAAUGGAAACUAGCAAAGUUUAUUAUAACUCUAAUCACCAAGAAUACAAAAUAAUAGGCACACGAGUUGCAAGCUGGGCUGGGCAGCACUGACAAACAAUGGCAUCUGAGUCACGCCUUGCCACACGUGCGUAUUGCCACUAUUGUCAGACUAUUUAUUGCACUUUCAUAAAGUGUAACAAGACAGCCAUAUGGAGACAAAUACAUUAAUAUAUGAUACAGCUCAACUAUAUAUACCCUUCCUCUAAAUCAUUGAAUUUUACUAGGUGGCUCUAAUAAUAUGAUCACCCACUGUAAAUUCCGUAAGAUCUCUAAAGCGGGCGACUCACACGCCUGCCGCACGGGCAAUCUUAGAGUUUUGGUCCUUAAAUGUGAUGUGUGUAGUUAAUUAGGAGCAAUUUUCUAAAUCGUCUCCUAGACAGGGCGACAGGGGCUCCGAACCUUCCUAGCUCCCUAGAUCAGACCCUGCCGCCCUGCCACUUCACACGUGUGUAGUGUGAUUGGGCCAAUUUGAUUCAGUUCGUACAUAACCAGAGCACUUCUCGAGCAUUUAUGGCCUUCCGCAUCAAUUAAUCUUGUUUUUUUAUUAUUGGUGUCACCAUAUCAAGGAGCUCUUCAAAGGAAUCUAUGUCUAUUCGCAAAAAGUUCUUAAGAUCAUCUACUUCCAAUUAUUGCAUGACGUUCAUGUGGCGCAAAUCUUCUCUUUUCUGUAGCCACCCCUUCACCCAGUAUCUCCUUUUUUCUCUUUUUUUUUUUGUAGAACAAGGGAAAGAGUUAAUUUAUGCUACACCGGGACGUGGACGGCACGGCGCGCAGAAUAAAAGAAAUCACCCGUCUCGUCCACGUCCCCGGUGUAACAUAAAUCCGGCUUUAAUGAUACACGAAUUUUUUGCUGUAAUGACAAUAUUGGCGUCAUCUUCUUGAUUUAGCGCGGGACAACUCGCACUCACUUGCACACUGAACCUGAACAGUAAAAUAAAAAAACAUCCAGGGACGUGUGUAGUAAGCUUCCUAGAUUGCCCCAUCAGCCGUGCGGCCUAGGUUGCCCCUGCGGCAGGUGUGUGAGUAGCUCACUUUAGUUUUUAAUUGGGGUGGAUUUAAAGGGCUCGAAUAAGGGGGUGUUUGCUCGCAAAUAGACAGCAUAUAUCUCGCUAACUAUUCACUGUAAUGAAAAUAUAUGCACAAGAAAAUUUUAGUUAUUAAGCUUUAAUUUAGUAGGUGAUCAUUUUUUUCGUAUCUCCAGUAUUUUCGGGAUAUUUUGAAGAAAAAGGUGAAAAAUACGAAAUUGCAAAAAAUCAAUUUUUCUUUAAACCCCACUUUUUCUAAAAUUAGGCCUUUUAAAUGGGUCAAACUUCUUGCGUGUAUUGAUAAUACAAAUAUAAAAGGAAUUACGGAAAGGUGAAGACCAAUUUUUAAUUAGGUGGGUAGUUAGGGGGUUGUUUUCACUAAUUUUUUCGUAGAGAAAAGCAGGUACCGACAUUUUUUUGAUCACAAGUCCCUCAAUUUUUAUGCUAGAAACGUUUUAUUAUUUUUUUGAAAGGUCUAAUUGUAUACUUGAAAAAAGAUUUCCCGUUAUUUGGCUUUGAAUAUUUCAAAUUAUGCGUUUGACGAAAAACGCUAACCUUUAACAUGUCGUAUCUCGGUUUUUGUUGGUCGUAAAAAUAUUACAGAAAAAUAAUUUGGUUUACGUUACUAAAAGACACAAUUUUGAUAUCUACGGUUUUUUGAUUAAAUGCAUAUUUUUCGAGUUAUUCUCAAAAAACCCUCUAAAAAAGUCGAUUUUUUCGUAGAAAAACUAUUACUUUGAACCGCGAAUAACUCGAAAAAUAUUAAUUUUACGAAGAAAAUGUAAAAAAUAUUUUUUUCUUAGAAUCACAUUUUACAUCGAUUUACAUAGUUAAAAUGUAAUAAAAAAAUUCCCACCCCCGAGAUUGGGUGGCAACCACUCCCAAGGUUUUAGCGGACAGCGGCAUGAUAUAAAAAAUAAUCCUUGGACUAUUCCCUACCUUCUGUGAAAAUUUCAAAUAAAUCCAUGCUGGGCGAAAAGAUUAGAGCCAAAAUGCUUCAUUUUCUAGCCUAAUAAAAUAAUUCCGCAAGGAAAAAAGUUUUCCUCUAGCUGACUGUAUGCUAUAUAUCACAAAAAAAUUAAUUAAAAUCCUUUAUAAAAGGUAUAUAAUUUAUAAAUUAUAGUUAUUGGCUCUGAGCUUCGCUGAUAUCGCCAACUAGCGGAUUACUAAUGCAACUUUUGCCGGAAAUUUUUAAAUUUAUUAUUUAAUUUUUAUCGUGUAAUAUUUAAACGCAAAGAAGUAAUUAAAUUGUAAUCGAUGGUUAAUAUUAGUAAGUACAAAAUUUAUGAUUCAUUAUGAUUAUUUUUUUAAGAUUUUUCUAAUCAUUUUGACGUUCUGUUGAUGAAAUAUUGGUUCCCUUCUAUAAUAUAAAAUUAAAGAUUUUGUUGGAAAAACCCGCUUUUUCCGGGGAAAGUUUUCGUCGAAGUAAAUCAGAAAAAACACGUCUCUAUGCAGAAUUUAAUGGCAGUGAAUUUUUAUUUGGGUGUUUUUGGUCUAAAGUUAAAAUCUUUGGAGUAAUAGAGCAAAAAUUGAAAAAAACACGAUUUUCGAGCGCCAUUUUGUUUAUAAAAAAAGUAGCACACUAUCUGCGGACUUUGCAUAUCUAUAUUAUUAAUACAUACAAUAAUAAGAUUCGAUUCUAGCAAUAAAAUUGCUGGUAAAUAACUUUUCCCAAAAAUGGCCUAUUCUCCGAUAAUCAGCCCAGACUAAUAGAGGAAUAUGUAAAAACGGUAUUUUAACGUUUUCUACACUAAAAUAUGACGAAAAACUUGUUUUUGAAUCAAAAUAACUUGUUAUUAUGACAUGACAUAAUGACAUUUUUGAGUCUAUUCUAUUAAAAAUAAUUUUUUUCAUUGAUACUUUAUGAUAUAACACAAAAAUUUGUUUAAAUAAAUACCAAAUCAUUGUAAAAUCGCUAAAAAUGAUAUUUUGAGAAAAAAAGAAGACUUUUUGGACGUAAAUGCUUCAGCUUGAGCUUAUUUGCAGGUUCCGCAUAAACUAUAACCCAAGUUUCAGACAAAUCGGAGAUCCAAAAGUUUUGUCCGAGUGACAUGGAAUGUACAUUUUAGAAAUCAUUAUUUCUUCCGCAAGUUUCCUUAGCGCGGUUUCACACACUAAGAAUUUUGAACGUGCGAUGGCUUGAAACGUUUGGUGAAGGGAGAACGGUUCUCGAGCCACUAUUGGAAUGUCAUCAUGCAUUUCAACCAUUUACGUUUAAAAUUCUUAGUGUGUGAAACCGCGCUUAUUCUUAGUGACAUAUGGUAGUGGUAGUCUAAACGUGGCAGUAAUAAAAUGAAUCUAACUUCAUUUCCAUGCAGUUUUUUGUUCUUCAGUGGGUUAUAAUGUAUUUUUUUUUAUUUCGUGGCAAUUUUUGGUCGUGUGAUAUUAGGUUUGCAAUAUACGUUUCAAUUUUGUAUUUUAAAAAUUUUAUUUCGUGUAUUAUUAUGUUAAGAAAUUAUUCUCAGUUUUGUUUAUAUUUUUCGUUUAUUGUUUAUAGCAUUAUUUUCUCAAUAUAUUGACUUUAUAGAACAGUAUUGUAUCCUGUAGAAUGAAGUAAUUAUGAAUGAAUGACAUGUACAGGAUACUUGUUUAGUACAAACUAUUUUAAGUAGUGUAAGAUUUGUGUUUCAUUCCAAAUAAUAAAGAACUGAAUAGUA